AUGGUAAUGACCCAGAAUCUGACUUAUGGUAAUGAAGGUGUAUUUAGUGAUAAUGGAUUAGAAGAAUUAACAAUACAUGAAAAUCAAAAUCACAAUGCAACCUCAUCUGUAGCUACACGUCUUAAAUUGAAAAACUUUCCCAAUGAACAACCAAUAUCCAGUGAACGAUCAUUCGAGACAGGUAAAUUAAAAGAAAGACAAUCACAAUUACAAAAGGAAUUUGAUGAGAUAAGUUUUACAGUCAAGACUGAAUUACACCAAUUUGAAUUGGGUAGAGUUGAUGAUUUUAGAAAUAAUGUUGAAAUAUAUGUUGAAAGUUUUAUUAAAGCUCAAAAGGAAACUAUUGAAUUGUAUGAAACUUUUUAUCAAAAGCAUAUUGUUUAA